GAGCAGCUUACCCGCCCUAUCAAGGUUUGCAGAUCACUUAACGUCUUUGCCACAAGAAGGGACAUCAAACCGCUCAUGCACCGCUUCUUUAGUAGACUAUGGGAAACGGCAACCUCUCUGAGCCCUGCCUAUGCCGUGAGCUGCACCCAAAUUGCGACCCAUCAACCUGUCCGCAAGCAGCACAUGUGACAGGUCAACACGCCCCCCUAACAUCAUUCAGAGAACUGCGCAAGAGUGCCGACAGAGGAUGUCAGACCUGCGCCACAGUCGUCGAAGCGCUGCUUGUCCCAGAGGUGAGGGCCGCAUGGCGAGAUUGCAUAGCCCCAGCGUUGGAGGCCAAGCGCCCCGGCCUCGUCCAGGGACUGGAGCAAGAUGAAGACCUGAUCGAGCUCGAGUUUGACCCUCCAGACACGGUCAAUGGCAGGCGAGUGGUCCGCAUGCGGGCGUCUCAUACAUCGACGGAUUGGAGGAACUUCAACAUCUGGCGGGUGCCAUCUGUCGGCGAGUUUUUGACACACCGCUCGGACGAUGCUUGUAGUGCAAUAUCAUCUCUUCAGUAUCAUCCAACACAACGAACCGACUCUUCGCAGAACCUAGAACAGUUGAAGGCUUGGAUAGAAGCUUGUGACCGCAAACACACCUGCUUAGCGUCUGCCGCAUCUAUCUUGCCUACUCGGGUAGUAAAGAUUUCGGGAGGUGAAGUGCGGAUCGUUAAGACGGCAGGGGAGCGAGCACGUUAUGCUACUCUGAGCCACCGAUGGGGUGCCCGCGAGAGCUUUACGUUGACCAAGUCAAACGAACAAACGUUUGCAGACGACAUUCCGUGGGAAACCAUCCCCAAAACGUUUCAGGAUGCGAUUUGGUUGACUCGCCAGCUCAACAUCGAAUACAUCUGGAUAGACACGAUUUGCAUCGUCCAGGACGACCCAGAAGACUGGCGCAGGGAGUCCGUGAGGAUGAAGUUCGUUUAUGGCAAGUCAUACAUCAACAUAGCGGCUAGCCACGCGACCGACUCCAGUGCGGACUUGUUCACCUCCAGCGAUCUGCCUCAACGGUACCCUGCAUACGCCGUCCCGGACAACCACGGCGUGUUUGUCCGACAACAACCUUACCGGACGCACAACGAGUUCGGUAGCAACUAUGGCUCGGACAGUAGAUUUCCCCUGUUACGACGAGGAUGGGUGCUGCAGGAACGCCUGUUGUCGCCACGCGUAGUCUACUUCGACGCUGAGGAGAUGAAGUGGGAAUGCAACACCGCCGCGGACUGCCAGUGCGGUGGUAUUGUGUCUGUCUGGAACUUCAAAAUAGAUCACUGCCGAUCCGUGCUGCGCGGCGAGACGUCUCUUUCCAUCGAGUGGAUGCGCAUCGCCGAGAGGUACUCUGAGCUGGAGCUCACCUACGACUCUGAUCGUGUGGUGGCUCUCGCGGGCAUUGCGGCACAGGCUUCAAGGCUUGGGAGAGGAGGAAGAUAUCUCGCCGGCGUGUGGGAGGAAGACCUCGCGCAUCAACUCUGCUGGGAAAUAUUGGAUACCCACAGGAAGCCGGACCAGUACGUUGCACCCAGCUGGUCGUGGCUCUCGGUGUUCGGCUCCGUCGGCUACUUCAAUAGGAUGGACUACCACAAGUGUUCGCAGAUCGACGUUGAGAUCACAGAGGUGGAAUGCACCACCGCGGAGGAAACGGACGAGACGGGCCCUGUUGUGGGAGGGUUCCUCAGGCUCAACGGCCGGUGCGCGCACAUGCGCGCAGAGUUGCUGGACCCGGGCUCAAAUGACGUCCCGCCCAAGUUCGAGCUGACGCACAAGGCGACGGGGGAGAAGAUGGGCGACGGCGAGUGGGUCGAGAUGGACUUUGUGAUGAGCGAGGACGACGCAAGGAAGAUUGGCGAAGUCGUGGUGCUCUACUGGGGGGACAUGUGCGAUGACAGAAACAACUUUCUCGUGCUCAAAGCAGUCACUGGCCAGGCGCGGACGUUCGAAAGACUCGGAAUAUUCUGGUACGAUAAGCGGACGGAGAGUGAGGACCUCGGAAGAGUGCUCGGCUGGUGUCGACUGGAGACGGGCAUCGUCAUCGUUUAAUCUGCAAGUUUGACCACGAUCCAUAGACCUUCC